UACCUAGGUGCCAACGACGCACCACGUAAAGAAUACGACCUACGAAUAUUGGCUGCCCUCCCGUCGCCCGUCGCUCGUCUCCGACACCCAGUGGCGACGAUAACUCACGACAUUCCUCUACGGCGUCGCCGACGGGGUGGCGGCGGCGGCAAGCAAGCAAGCAGUGAAACUUGAUCGAUCGCGCGAGCGGUUCCUGCGUGCGCGUAACCAGCAGCACCACCACCUACGUGUACAACAACAGCAAGCAGGACACGGCUGUGAUGACCAAGACUCCUCCUCCGUGGCGGCGGCGGCAGCGGCAGCGGCGAAAAGGAACGCCCGGCUCGGCGUCGUCAAGUGUGACUUGGGGUGGUAUGUACUGGUGGUGUGCCAGGCCGUUAGGACGCAAUCAUUGGAUUUUGGGACCUUCACUUCCUAGUAAUACCGGCUCGGUCCGUUGCAGGGCGGCAGUUGCGGCGUGCGCGACCAAAAUGCCGAGGAAAACCGGGGCGCGGUGCUCGGCUCCCGCUGUCGAAUUUAAUUCUACGCGAGCGGGCCGCGCCCACCACACCACCAUCAAUCAAUCAAGCUGCUGCUGUUCAUUGCGCUUUCUUUCUGUCCCUGUUGUUGUUGUUGUUGUUGUUGUUGUUGUUGUUGCUGCGAAACAUGCACCCCCUGUCGGUCGUGCUCGUAAUCGUGUUACACGGCCUCGUGGAUCGCCGUGUACCUUGCGGGUGAGGCUGCGCGCCGGCGAGCCCGCGAUCGCCUUUUCCCGCCACAUCUGCUGUGGAGACGGCGCGUGCGUGCGAGCACACAAGAAGUUGGAGCGUCGCCUCUGAUUGGCUCCGUGGUGUAGAUGCUAGUGUCGGGGCCUCCGGCCGCGUUUUUGCUGUCCGUCCAGCAAGCACUGUUGUUCGUACUAGUAACCAAGUCCAGGGCGGAGUUAAGUCUCUCUCAAGGCCGAUUGCGUGGUUGGUAAUGAUGAUGAUGAUGAUGGAAG